AAAGAAUAGGAUAUCCCCUUCAAGAAGUCCGAGGUUUUGUGAGGAUUCCGAUUUACCCCAAGUUACUUGCAGGAACUUGGAAAUCAAAGUUAGUGUUUAUGACCAUGAACCAAACUUAUUCACACGCAGUCAAUCAUCGAAUAAUGCAAGAGGUGUCUUCAAUGAGAGAUUGGAAAGUGAAAUCAAUAACUACAAACGAAUAUUAUCUGAGAGGGAUUUAGAAAUUGAAAGACUGAGAUGCAAAAUUGAAAAUGACAAGGAGGUAUACAAGAAGCACUUAUUCUCAAAACAUAAAGAAAUAGAGAUAAUGAAGAGCAAUUUGGGCAAUGACCACAGAGACUGCAAAAAGCGUUUAUCAGUAAAAGAUAAAGAAAUUGAAAAACUGAAGGGCAUGGUUGAAGUUGGAAACAAUCGUCAAAAACCUAAAAUGUUCAAAUAUGAAGAGGACAAGAAAAAACAAUCCAAUAUAAUCAAAGAGCUUGAAAUACAAGUAAUACAGAACAGAGAAGAACAUGAUGAUUUAAAAAGAAAAAAAAUAGAAUAUGAAAAUAAACUUCAGGAAUACUUAGAAGUUAUUUCAACUUGUAAAGACGAAAAAGCAAGAUUAACUUCAGAACUGCAAAAGAGAGUCACAGAAAACAAAAAAAUGCGUGAAACAUCAAUGGAGCAGCAGGAAAAAAUAAGAGAACAUGAAACAACACUUGAAAAGAUGCGCACGAUCAUCAAAAAAUAUAUAGGGAUGAACAACAGCAUGAUCGAAAGCAAUGUUGAAAAGGAGGACAGGAUUAGAAAUCUAGAAAAAAAUCUUAAUCAGGUUGAAAUGAUGAAAGAAGACCUAUCAAGGCGCUUUGAAGAAGUUUCGAAAGAUUUACGAGCCAGUGAAAAAGAUUAUAAGUUGCUUCAUAUCGAAUUUGAAAAAGGAAAUAAUAGAAUAAAACAAUUAAAAGAAAAGGAGUGUGGCAUCAAUGAUUUGCAAAUGCAAUUGGACGCUAAAAUGGAUGAAAACAACAGGUUGACUCAACAUAUCUCAAGGUUAGAAGACUUUAAAAGCAAAUAUUAUAUGGUAAAGGAUGACAAUCAACACGUUUGGGAAAAUUGUUUGAGUUUAAAGAGAAAAUUUGAAGAUAAAAUGAGUGAGUUGGAAGUUGUUUCCAUUGAAUUAGAUAGGUACUCUGACCGUGUAACUCAAUUGGAAGAAGAAAUUCGACACAUUAAACACCUCUCUGCCCAACAAAGGAUGUUUACGGAAGAAGAGAUUCUUCAAGCGGAAUUGGCGGAUAACAAACUACUGUACAAAGAGCUCUCAAAACAGUUUUUGAAUUUAAAAACGGAGAAAGAAAAUGCAGAUAAGCAGAUCAAAAACUUAACCAAAAAUGUUCUUGACAAAGAACGAGAACUAAAGUCUCUACUAACUAGAUUUGAAAGGUCUGAGGAAAAUGUAUCCAUCUUAUCAGAACAAUUAGAAAACAUGAGAAAAUUUGAGCGCCAAGCUGAUGAUGAAAAACUACAAGGCUUUCAAACGGAAAAUAUUACUUUAAAGUUGGCCCUAACAAAGGCGACUACUACGAUAGAAGACCUAUCUAUCAAAUGCACAGACUUAUCGAAAUACAGAACGGAUGCAGAACACAAGAUCAAUGAAUUAUCGAAAGCAGAAGAGGAGAAGGAAACUUUACGAAAAGAUCUAGCUAGAUCUGAAGAAAAAGUUUCCGAAUUAUCGAAAGAAAUUAAAGAUAUUAAAGUGUCUAAACGACAGACUGCUGAUGAAAAACUACAAGGCUUUCAAGCAGAAAAUGAUUCUUUGAAAUCAGCGUUAUCAAAAGCGUCAACUAAGAUUGAAGACCUUUCAAACAAAUGUACAAACCUUAAAAAAUAUAGAACAGAUACAGAACACAAGCUCAGCAAACAAUCGAACGCCGUGGUAGAGAAAGAAAAUGAAAUUAAAUCUUUAAACAAGGAUCUUGCAAGGGCCAAAGAAGAGGUUUUGACCUUAUCAAAAGAAAUUAAGGAUAUUCAAUAUUUUAAAUCCCAAAUAAGUGAUGAUAAACUUCGAGUCCUUCAGAAAGAAAAUGCUUCAUUAGAAUCGGCCUUAGCGAAGAAAAUUACUGAGAUGGAAGACCUGUUGAAUAAAUAUGAAAGCCUGAAGAAAUAUAGUGCAGAUGCAGAACACAAGUUGAGCAAAUUAUCGAACGCUGUGGAAGAGAAAGACAAUGAAAUCAAUAGUUUAAGGAAAGAUUUAACAAAAUCCGAAAAGAAUGUUUUGUUAUUAUCAAAAGAAAUAGAAGACAUUCGAGGUUCCAAACGCAAAGCUGCAGAAGAGAAUCUUCAAGACUUUCAAGCAGAAAUUUUUUCUAUUAAAUCAACUUUGGCAAAGACAUUAUCUGAGAAUGAAGACCUUUUAAACAAAUGUUCAGACCUUCGAAAAUGUAAAACUGAUUUAGACCAGACGAUCAGCAAACUAUUGAACCUUUUGGAAGAGAAAGACAAUGAAAAUAAAUCUUUAAACAAGGAUCUUGCAAGGGCCGAAGAAAAAGUUUCGACCCUAUCUUCUGAAAUUAAAGCUAUUCAAAAUUUAGCAUCACAAAUCAGUGAUGAUAAACUUGGAGGCCUUCAAAAAGAGAAUGCUUCUCUAGAAUCAGCCCUGGCCAAAAAAACUACCGAGAUGGGAGACCUUUUGAAUAAAUAUACAAACUCAAAGAAAUACAGUGCAGAUGCUGAACACAAGUUCAGGAAGUUAUCGAACGCAGUGGAGGAGAAAGAAAAUGAAGUUAAAAAGUUACAGACUGAAAUAAAAAGACUUAAAGCAGAGAGCACAGAUUUGCAUAUUAGCAAGGGGGAGUCAGACAAGAAGAUCGGCAUAUUAACUAAUGCUUUAUUGGAGAAGGAAAGAGACAUUGAAUUCAUGGCUAAGGAUCUAGAGAGGUUAAAUGAUAUGUCACAAAAGUAUCAUCACCUUAAAGUGGUCAGUGAAAACGCAGAACAUAAGAUCAAAACGUUAUCUAAGAGAGUGCAAGACAAGGAAAACGAGAUCGAGAAACUAGUUGAAAAGCUAGAAAAGGCCAAUGAAGAACUUGAUAGAUUAGAACAUAUUGAUUCAGAAGGAAAUAUACAAAAGCUCAGAGAAGAAAACGUCUCGUUAAAAUCAGCUUUAUCCAAACAAGCUCUUGAGACGGACAAGAGAGUUUCCGCUCUUACAAAGGAAAUAAAAAAUCUCCAGAAAUCAAAAGAAACCAGUUCUGAGGAAUAUAAUGCACGAAAACUCUACGAAGAAAACGAGUUUCUGAAAGCCCAAUUAGAUCGUACUUCAAAAAGUUAUGAGCAACUUAGGAGAGAUUAUAAUGAGGUGAAGCGAGAAAAGGAUCAUGCAUUAAACAGAUUGAGUUCUGUAGCAGGGGAGAAGCUGAGAAACAACAACCCUGGUAUAGCGGACCUGAGUGAUGAGAAUCGGCCAAUAAAUCUGGGAGAAAAGUUCAGUCAGCUGUAUGAUGACCAAUGGACAGAUGCAAUUGAACACCUGGAGGAAAUGGGUUAUAGUGAAACAGAAGGAAUCCGGCGUCUCCUAGAUAUUCUUAAGGCUGUGUUUGAUGAAUGUGUUAGAUUAUCGGACAUCCACUUCAAUCAACUAAAAGAGCUAACUGGAACAUCUCACCUACCAAGUGACCAGUUGAAGAAGUUAAAAGACCUACGCAAGGCCACAGCAGUACACUCGGUAGCCAAAAUCAAACAAGUUGUGAACGACUACAUGAGUACAGCCUUCAGCAAGGAGAAAGCUGCCUGUCAGACCUACAUCGACCGAAGCAUAGAGCUGUGUUGGUUGAUGAGUGUACAGGACCCGCCAGUCGUCAUUGACUUCAUUGCCGUCCACGGUCAAGCUAUUGACGAUAAAAUUUUACGAAAGUUCACAAAGACGGGCUCAAAGAUUGACUUCUUAGUUUGGCCUGUGAUUCGAUUGCACAAAAACGGACCUUUACUUCAAAAGGGUGUCGUGCAACCAAUUUAGAAUACUAAAUGUAAUUCUUUUCAGGGUCCUUGUAUAUUUUUAUGCAUAUGAUAUUUAAUUAAUAUUCCCCUCUUUUCAUGUUGAGUAUCAUAAUGAUUUGUGUAUGAUAUAUUUGAUUUAUUAUGAACAGUGGAAGUUGAUUUAUUAUGAACAGUGGAAGUAAUUUCUGAUGCACAAUAACUAUGAACUUGUUAAUGGCUGUUCCAAGUAAAUAACGUCAGAGAUGAAUACAAAGAUACCAGGUUUCAAAAGGUUGAUGCCAACUUAAAUUGAUAAUAGUAAAAAUGUCAUGAAGUAUUUUGAUCUGCAAAAUUCUUUAAAAGAAUUAGUUCUGUAUAUCCAUGAAACAAUUCUUUUAUCUGUCAGAGGUUUAGGCAAAUAUUGUUGGUUAGUUUGGGUUUUCCAGCUGUCU